CGGAAUUCUUGUCAGGCACACGCAGGAGAAUGAGCUCUCCGAGGGACAAGGCGCUCGAGUGGCGCUACUCAUCGCCGGGCGCUCUGGAGCUCCGGAGCUGCCAGCCGCGGGGCAAUGACGCUUGAAUUCCAGGCUGAUCGAUGAUCUUGCCGCGGGAUCUUAGGGUUUUAGCGGCUCCAUGGCGCGGCGGGAGCGGCAGUGUGACGCCGGCGGCGUCCCGGAGCAUCACCAUCUCUAUCUCCUCGUUUCUCUCCAGAUCGGGGAUAUCCAGUCUUAUCGAUCGGAGCUCUUCCUCUUCAUGCCCUGCGAUAAUGCGAGCCUAGUGUUCUUGGUGGACAAUGGACCAUGGAGUGUGAGCAAAUCUCUAGGCUUGAGACCGACAGAAUUUUGGCCAUUCGUGGUGGCGAAGUCGAGAGUGUCACCUUUCGCAAACCAGCGUUUGAGUAGCAGGAGUGAUAAGCUGGAGAUGGGAGGAAGUGGUGGUGACUCCAUCAACGUUGGGCUCAAACACUUACACCUCUACAACUGGGACUCGAUCUAUGGGAUCAUCCGGCGACACUACAAGAGCCUGGUUCACUCGGGAAUUCUCUGCCCGCAGUUCCACGGUUGCGUGGGUUUCGAGGUUUCUUGGGCUGACGUCCGAGGCAUGAACUACACAAACGAGCUCCAGACAGAUACUUGUCUCUCGUUGGAAGUGAAACAAAUGCGAAAGAGAGAAUUCGACUGUCUCGAGCACGCGUUAGAUUUUUACGGGUCGCACUGCGGUCUGGGAAGCAAGCAGAGUGGUAAACGGGGAAGAUGCCAGGCCGAUAUUUUUGUGGACGCCGAUAGGUGCAAGAGACAAUGCGUAGACGAAGAUGGUGUUGAUAGAUACGCAGCGGAUGGCGGAUUUUUCAGUCCCGUACGACAGGUCUGGCCACCCGAAUCCGAGAGCACUGUCACUGACGCCGAGAAGGACAUAAUGGACUUAACUCUGGAAACAGAUCUUCCGUGCAGCCCAUACUCCCCGUCAGAUGAAUCCACUCAGUCGCCAGUGUUCUGUUCUCGACGAAAGCUGCGCAGCAGUCGAGACGAAGCCACAAAACAUUCGCCAGAGGUUCCAGUGGCUCACAUUUACAAGGACGCGCUGGUAGUGUUCAGAUUUUCGGACCCCCUACUGCCGUUCGAGCUCAGAGACAUAAUCACGUCGGACCAACGUCUGCUGAAGAUGCUCGAGUCGGGGCUUUUCCCCUGGGUCAUUUUCAUGCAGUCGUAUCCAGUGUUCUGCAACAUAUAUCGGCCGUGGAUGCGACCUCUCGCCAGGACCAUCUACUUUCUCAUUUCGGUGGUGACGGUCAUGAUCGGCUUCUACGACUUGUACAAGAACGUCCCCGUCCUGAAAGCAACGGCGAGUCAUAUGCUGGGGCCACUGUUCGAAUGGAUAGAGUCCUGGGAGAUGGUUUCUCGGCUAAAGUACCUGGGGACGAUGCUGGUUCUACAGAACUACGAGAAGGCUUUUGCGUGGGUGUUUCUCAUCGUCAAGUCGGUGCGUCAGCUCGCCUCGCUUGUCAUGAAACCCGUCAUGGAGCCGCUGCAGCUCUUGUGGAGUUUCUUCCUUCCGUUUUGGGCGACUUUUGUUCAAGGGACGCAAUCUCUGCAACUCGUUUUGGAAAGCUUCUUCGCGUCCACGCUGUGUGCGGUUUCUUACGCCUUAAGUUUUGUGACUUGGCCGUUCUGGGUGCUGCUGACAACAGUGACGAACUUAGUGUCUUCGAUUAUGGGGCCUGUGCUACCGGCUUUUCGCGUGGUUCUUGUUCUUGGAGAUUAUGCUCGACAGUAUGCUGCAGCAAUAUGGACUUCCUUUUCGCAGGAGCUCCUGAAUUUAUUGAAGCAGUCCUGGACAGCCACAAGCCAAUCGUUUCAGCUAUGGACAGCGAGUUCCGCAGUGCAAACCUCUCGGACACCAUCGAUGUGGAGGAUCCUCUGGGAUGAUCUCUUCUCAAAGGUGUUUCGAGCUGUAAGAUACAUACUCAAUGGUCUGGUCGCAUUCUUUACUGCGCUCAACCGCCAUCGCUUGAGCAUCUACAACAACAUAGUGGCGUUUUUGGUUCGAUUGAUUGUGGUGGUAGAAUCUGGAAGGCGCCUGCUGACCGAUACUUGGCAGCGUUUCCAUCCAAACUCCAGUAGUGCCAAAUCCAAAUCCAAGGCAAUCACGACCGGCAGUGGCAGCAGUAGCAGUCUCGGCAGUAGCAGCACUCCGAGCAACCAGAUCAAGGAAGACUGACCUGACAACGCGCGACAGUUUUGCAAAAUUUUGCGCUCUCUCCAAACGAGACGAAAGUGUGUAUAGAGAAUGUGUAAAGUUAAAAUUACAAUGGAAUCUUUGCGGUGGGCCGGAAUUGAACGGCUCACCUGUGACUCGAA